AUGUCUGAUCUGCAGACAUUAAAAAGGAUUUCGGCUCAUGUAGCCAAAACUAAAUUGAAAGCGGCCUUAGAGGUCGAAGUUAAAUACAUGGUUGCCGAAGCCAAAAAGACAGAAAUGCACUUGGAUGGUCCUGGUAAGGACUUCGAUCCAGAACCACCUGACAAUGUUCCAGACGAAGUGCAAGGCCAGAGGCUCGACGCCAUCUAUGAUGACGAGCCUUUAGGUUUCGAAAAAGAUCCGCUGGCAAGUAACACGAAGAUGCUAGCGCGGGAUCCCUUGGAAGAAAUCGACUUGGGGGAAGGGGGAAUCAAAAGGCCCACGUAUCUAAGUGCCAACAUCAGCCCAGAACUCAAGAUCGAAGUGAUUCAGCUGCUGAAGGAUUAUAAAGACUUCUUCGCAUGGGAUUACAAUGAGAUGCCUGGUUUGAGCAGAGAUCUGGUCAAACUGAAGUUGCCAAUAAAGCCUGGGAGGAAUCCUAUCAAGCAAACCCCAAGAGAUUUGAAUGUUGCAACCCCAAAAGAUGAGUAUCCAAUGCUUGUGGCAGAAAUGCAAGUAGAUUCUUCCAAGGGACAUGAUUAUCUUAGUAUGCUCGAUGGAUAUUCCGGAUAUAAUCAGAUUUUCAUUGCUGACGAAGAUGUGCCAAAAAUGGCAUUUCGAUGCCCCAGAGCAUUAGGCACCUACGGAUGGGUAUGGGAUUUCUUAGGCUUCGUGGUCCAUAAGAAAGGGAUCGAAAUUAAUCAAAACAAGACCAAGGCCAUUAUGGAGGCGAAAGCUCCAUCAACAAAGAAGGAAUUACGUCGAAUUGGUAAAUGGGCUUUGUCUUUGACCGAGUAUUCUUUAACUUAUAGGCCUUUAAAGGUUGUUAAGGGACAAGUGGUAGCAGACUUUAUAGUCGACCACUCCAUAGUACAAAACUCCUUAAACUAUCUGGAGUUGGAGCCUUGGAAAUUGUACUUCGAUGAUUCUACUCAUAAAGAUGGAACAGGCGUGGGGAUACUAAUUAUUUCUCCUAGAAAAAAUCCAAUAAAAUUCAAGUAUAAGCUCAAAGGACUUUGUUCGAACAAUGAGGCUGAGUAUGAGACUCUGAUAGCCAUCCUUGAGAUCUUGUUGGAAUUGGGGGCAACUCGAGUCGAAAUAAUGGGAGACUCGGAAUUAGUAAUAAGACAAAUCAUAAAGGAAUACAUAUGUGUUAAAGAAAAACUGAUUAUGUACUUUGUGAUAGCUAGUAGACUCUUACAGAAGUUACAAGAUGUAAUUGAAGUUAGAGGAAGAGUAGUGUCGACUAGACUCUCCCCAUCAUAUUUGGAGGAAACAAAGCUAGGAUAUGUUGACGAAGAGAGUUUCGAGAUUCUUGCAAUAGAUUGUUUGGCGAACGAAGAUUGGAGAAAUCCAAUAAUAAAAUAUUUAGAAAAUCUAACAGCAUCUACUGGACAAAAAGUUAGGUAUCGAGCUUUAAGUUAUGUUCUUAUGGGAAACGAAUUGUUCAAAAAGACACCUCAAGGAGUCUUACUCAAAUGCCUUAGCAAAAUUGAGGCAUGCAUAGCCCUCUCUAGUGUCCAUGGUGGGGGAUAUGGGGCACAUCAAGUGGAUCAUAAGAUGAAAUGGCUAUUAUUUCGACAAGGGAUGUAUUGGCCUACCAUGCUUAAGUAUUGUAUGGAAUUCUCUAAAGGGUGUCAAGAGUGCCAAGUGCAUGCAGGCAUACAACAUGUCCCGACAAGUGAACUCCACUCCAUUGUGAAACCUUGGCCUUUUAAAGGUUGGGCGUUGGACCUAGUUGGAGAAAUUUGA